AUGAGUCCAAAAUACUAUACAGGAAAAACAUACACUCCUGAUAGUUGGAAAGAAAAAGUAACUAGAGAUAAACAGUUGGUUCCAGGAGCAGUUCAAGACACGGAGGUUGCUGUUCCAAGGUUACUAUUGAACUAUUUCAUCAUUAAUGCUUAUGAGGACGCCAGUUGUAGGAUGGCCAAAGGAUUGGGCUAUAUUUCGAAUAACAAAGAUUUAUUACAAUUUAAUUCAUUGUUUAAGAUAACUGAACGUGCUACAAUUGUACAUUUGGUUAAAUUAGGGCAAAUUUCUAAAGCUAUGGAGAUAAUUAAUUCUAAUUUUGGUUUAGAAAUUUUACAAAAUGAAAAUCCACAGUAUAGUCCUCCUGGAUCAGCAGGUAAUGAUGAUUAUGAUAACACUACUCAAGGAGAUAAUAAUAUUUUUACUCAUAAUCCAUUAGGUGAAAGGGUGGAUUUUGAAGAGGACGAUGAUUUACAUUAUAAAUUAUUGUUGUUAAAUCUUAUAGAGAUGAUAAGGAAUAACAAAAAAAAACAAGGAAAUGAAGUUGAUAAAGAGUUCAUUAUAAAUUUGAUAAAUUAUUCAAAGGAUAAGUUAGCUCCAAAGGCUUUAAAAAAUAAAUCGCAUAUGAAACAACUAGAACUUAUAAUGACUUUACUUUUAAUACCUCCAGAUUUAGAUAUAGAACUUCCUUGCAAUUUAAAUAAAUUAUAUUCUCUUUCAUUGAGAUCAAAAGUUGCCACUUUGAUUAAUCAAAAAUUACUGAAAUCAAUAUACCCUGAUAUCACAAACCAAACAAAAUUCCCCAAUGUAUUACAAUCUCCUGAAACCUUAGAUAUUCUUGAUUUUAAAUUAUCCAAUUUUAAAUCAAUUUUAAGGACGAAUGUUAAAUCGCAAGAUUUACAGAAGAGCGCAACAGCUUCAAAUUCAUCUUCUUCGUCAACCAAUCCAACAUCGACGGCUUUUUCUGGUACCUCAUUAGAUAAUCCAACUUCUACACUGACAUCGAUUCCAAUAUCUGGAAGUAAUGAUGGUUCGUUACGAACACAUGCUAGUUCUGAUAGAUCUUUGCAAAAUUCUUUAACAACAUCAAAGGAUAAUAACCUAAUGAAGAAUAUGCUAUCUAAUAAUGAAGACCCAUUAAAUAAUCGAGACACAAUAGUUAUACCUGACCUGCAAUUUGACUCUAAAUUAUCCCAAAUUAUUAAAUUAUGGGCUUGGUGUGAAAACGAAUUACAUACUAAUAAUAUCGGUGUACCAAGGAUACAAAAUAAAGCUUAA